AUGGCCACUCACCUUGCCGCUGUCUCACUCGCAAAAGGCGAGCCCUUCGAGGUCCAAACCCGCCCCACGCCAAAACCAGGGCCAGACGAGCUCCUCAUCGAGGUCAAAUCUGUAGCCCUCAACCCGGCAGACGCCCACAUGCGUGAUCAAGGCCUCUUCAUUGCCACUUACCCCACGGUCAUCGGCUUCGACAUCUCGGGAUUAGUUCUUGAUGUUGGCGACAAUGUCCCCGUCAGUGCCAUCGAAGAAAGCCCAGGCCCUUUUUUCCAACCAGGGAUCACCCGUGUCGUCGCCUAUGCCGCCUCCUUUUGGAAGGGUUGCGACCCUGACUACGGCGCCUUUCAGGAGCGGUGCCUCGUUCCCUGGCAGCACGCCGUCCCUCUUCCGGAUGAGGUUAUAUCCUGGAACGAAGCGGCAACCUUGCCCGUCGCCGUUGAGGUACCCCUUAACGCGUGGGAUAUUAUGGGAAUUCCACGGGUAGGAGAAGCCACUGCUUCUUCUUCCAUCUCCGCUGCCCCAAUCGGCGCUGAUACCAGCGAAAGAACUCAGAAAAGCGAGAAACAAAAGAGAGGCGCCCUGUUAAUCUGGGGCGCUUCCUCUAGCGUGGGCACAAUGGGUGUGCAAAGCGCCCGGCUGCUGCGGGAAGAUCGCGACUCUUCUUUCGCUGCUGUGUACGCCACAGCCGGUGCAGCGAAUCAGAAGUACGUAGGAUCCCUAGGCGCGGAUCGUGUCUUCGAUUACAACGACCCGCAGGUUGUGGAUGCAAUUGUUUCGGCGGCUAGAGAGGACGGUCUAGUGAUUAGACACUGCUUUCUUGCGACAGGGCAGCUGGCGCGUUGCCAGGCCGUGCUUCAGGCUUUCUUCGGUGAUGAUCAAGGGGGAGAGAACCAGAAGGCGAAGAUCGGAUCGGCGCCGCUUAUUCCUCCAGAUGCGGAGGAGGUGAGUGGAGUGGAAACCAUCUUUGUGAUGCCGUUGAUAGACAAAGGGGAGAGGUUGGAUCAGUUCCAAUAUUGGUUGGGGACAUGGCUGAAGGAGAACCUGGCCAACGGGAGCAUCAGGCCGAGCCCGGAGCCGAGGGUCGUAGGAAAGGGGUUGGGGGCUAUCAAUGCCGGGUUGGAUCUGCUGCGCCGUGGAGAGCUUGAUAUUGAAUACAACCAUACAACAGCAUGCGAAUAUAUCAAGGAGGCCGCCGUCCAAGGCGCUGAGCUAGCUGUUCUUCCAGAAUACCAUCUCAGCGGCAUGGUCCCCACAGACCCCCUUUGGGCAGUCCAAGCCGGCGAAUCUGCCCAGUACCUAGCAAAGUACCAAAGCCUGGCCAAGGAACUGCAAAUCUGCAUCGUACCGGGUACAAUCAUUGAAAAGCAGACAGGGUCUGAUCAAUCAACCCUGUUCUACAACACAGCUUACUUCAUCUCAAAUGAUGGCACUGUGCUCGGUUCCUACCGCAAAAAGAACAUAUGGCACCCGGAACGACCUCACCUCACCUCCUCAGGCCUAGAGCCCCAUGUGGCCAUCGAUACUCCGAUCGGGCGCGUGGGGAUGCUGAUCUGCUGGGAUCUGGCAUUCCCCGAGGCAUUCCGGGAACUGAUUGUCGACGGGGCGCAGAUUGUGAUUGUGCCUACAUACUGGACCCCUCACGAUGCCUCCCCCAAAGCCCGCGCGUAUAACCCAGAUUCCGAAGCCCUGUUCCUUGAGUCGACCAUCACAUCCCGUUGCUUUGAGAAUACCUGUGGUGUUGUCUUCGCCAAUGCUGCUGGGCCGUCGGAGGAUUUCUUGGGCUUGUCACAGAUUACACUUCCUCUUGUUGGGCCAAUUGCUAAGAUGGGGACUGAAGAGGGAUUCAUUGUUGCCGAUGUGGAUAUGGGGGUCAUUGAGGCUGCUGAAAGGAAUUACAAGGUGCGAGAGGACCUGAAGAAGGAGGAUUGGCACUAUGUUUAUCGUCAUACUGGGCUAAAGUAG